ACCUGCAGAAAUUUAUGUUCAUUUAAAACUAGUAAGUCAUUUUCCUGCCGCGCUCAGGCAGAGGGCCGGGGCCGCGGGGAGAGGCGGAGCCCGGGAGCAGGGCCUGGGCGCCCCGCGGGGAGGUCGCGGCCCUGACCUUGACGGGGCUGGGCCCUGCUCCCCUCCCGCCGGAGAUGAGGGAAGAUGGCCGUGUCUGGGCUGAAGGCCGAGCGGAAGUUCCUGGCGUCCGUCUUCCCGAGAACCACGGGCGAUUCCGCAUGGUCAGCGGGAAGCUGGAGGAGCUGCACUGCCCGUUCCUGGUGCCGCCGCCGGCGCCGCCGCUGCUCUCGCCGCACCGCAGCAUCGCGGAUCUGAGCCCUCUUCUUCAGAACGCGCUCCUCGGACCUCUCUCGGCGGCGGAACUGCACUAUUAUGACAUCAAAAUCCUGCAAGAUUACGUUUUUUACACCACCGGGUCUGAUCGGACAGCUCGCAUAGCCGUCAGCAUGGACGACACAGAAGACGCAACAAAUCAGCAUCUUUACAGCAGGGACGGGAACUCCAGGCCGCUCCAGAUGGUAGAGAGGCGAGGCCUGGGUUCAGGGGCCAAGGGCCUCCCCCAGGGCUGCGCCCUUUCACCAGCGGGAUCCUGCCACCUGCUGGGCCCCUCCUGCCUCCCCACGGGUCUUCCUGGGAGAAUCCCACCUGAGGCUGCAGUAACCUGCUUAGGGUGUGACUCUGGGCACCUUCACAUAUUUCCAAGAGCAAAGAAAAUACAUCACCUGGAAGCGGAUUUCUUAAUUAUUCCUCAGCUUAUAGUGAUGAUAGGAUUUGAAGACCUGGCUGUGUAUUUCACCUGGAAAGAAUGGCAGAACAUGAAUAAUGCUCAAAAAAUCUUGUACAGGGAUGUGAUGCUGGAGACCUACAGCAUCCUGUUCUCCUUGGGGCACUGCAUGACCAAACCUGACUUGAUCUUGAAGUUGGAGCAAGGAGCAGAGCCCUGGAUGGGAGAAGAAUGCCUACAUCAGAGUCUUCCAGUUGCUGUGAAAAGGGAUGACCUGGUUAGCAACAGCCAGGAAUGUCAGGACAAAAGUCUGAAUCUUAAUGUCAAGAAAAAUAACAAGACAUCAACUCCAAAGAUAGUUGAAUUAAGAAAAAUAUUUAAUUUAAUUUCAAGCCAUAUUCCCAAACUAAUUAUCAGAAAGAGAAAUUAUUUAAGAAUGAAACCCAAAGAAUGCAAUAUAUGUCACAAUGUGUAUCCCCAAAGUGGGUCUGAUCAACUGCAAGCUGAAGAGAAAUUUGAUGCCACUAAGGUGCCUGGGAACUCUCUCCAGUUCUAUGAGCCUCUUAGUCAGUGUCACAAGAUUCAGACUGUGAAGCAGACAUCUGAGCAUAUUGGACAAGGGAAAGUCUUCACAAGGAAGAUGUUCUGUAAAUCUGAGAGGGUUUGUAAGGGAGAAACCUGUAAUAAGUCAGCUAUCACUGUUGGAAAGGCAACUCAAAUAGUAAAUGCUUUCCACGAAAGCUCUAACCUCAGUACACAUCAACAAACCCACACAAGAGAGAAAUUUUAUGAAUAUGUUAGGUAUGUGGAGCCUAUUAUUUACCGAUCACAUCUUGCCAUAAAUCAGAGACCGCAUUUGGAGAAAAAACCCUGUGCAGGUAAACCCUGUGAAAAAUCAUUCAGUUGUAAUUCCUGCCAUAGCAUCCAUCACAGUACUCUCACACAGGGAAACCCCAAUAUGUGUAUUGAAUGUGGAGAGACCACUCACCAGGAGUCAGAUUACAUUAGACAACAGAAAAUUCACAUACAGAUGAAACCUCAUGAGUGUAUUGAUAGUAGAAAAGCCUUUUUCCCAAAACCAUACCUCAUAACAGAACAGAGAAUUCACACAGAGGAGAAACUUCAUGAAUAUAAUGACUAUGGAAAAGACUUUUUGAACAAAUCUGACCUCAGUAAUCAACAGAGAAUUCACAAAGGGCAGAAGCUUUAUGAAUGCAAUGACUGUGGAAAAGCCUUUGGUCAGAAGUCAAACCUCACAAUGCAUCAGAGAAUUCAUACAGGGGAGAAACCUUAUAAAUGUUUUGACUGUGGAAAAGCCUUUGGCCAGAAGUCAAACCUCAUAAUGCAUCAGAGAAUUCAUACAGGGGAGAAACCUUAUGGAUGUAAUGACUGUGGAAAAGUCUUUGGCCAGAAGUCAAGCCUCAUAAUUCAUCAGAGAAUUCACACAGGAGAGAAACCUUAUGAAUGUAAUGACUGUGGAAAAGUCUUUGGCCAGAAGUCAAGCCUCAUAAUUCAUCAGAGAAUUCACACAGGAGAGAAACCUAUGAAUGUAAUGUCUGUAGAAAAGCUUUUGGCCAGAAAUCAAGUCUUAUAAUGCAUCAGAGAAUUCACACAGGAGAGAAACCUUAUGAAUGUAAUGACUGUGGAAAAGCCUUUGGCCACAAAUCAAACCUAAUGAUUCAUCAGAGAAUUCACACAGGGGAGAAACCUUAUGAAUGUAAUGACUGUGGAAAAGCCUUUGGCAAUCAGCCAGACCUCAUUAGACAUCAGAGAAUUCACACAGGGGAGAAACCUUAUGAAUGUAAUAACUGUGGAAAAGCCUUUGGCCAGAAGACAAGCCUAAUAAUGCAUCAGAGAAUUCACACAGGGGAGAAACCUUAUGAAUGUAAUGACUGUGGCAAAGCCUUUGGCCAGAAGUCAAGCCUCAGAAUGCAUCAGAGAACUCACACAGGUGAGAAACCUUAUGAAUGUAGUGACUGUGGAAAAACCUUUGGCCAGAAGUCAAACCUCAUAACGCAUCAGAGAACUCACACAGGUGAAAAACCCUAUAAGUGUAGUGACUGUGGAAAAGCCUUUGGCAAUCAGCCGAACCUUGGCAGACAUCAGAAGUCUCACAGGAGAGUAACCCUAUUAAUGUAAUGGCUGGAAAAUACUUUUUCCUGAGGGCAAGCCUAGUAAUACAUCAUAAAACUCACACAGGGGAGAAACCUUAUGAAUGUAAUGACUGAGGAAAAGCCUUUGGAAAUAUGUCACAACUCAGUGUGUCAGAGAAUUAGCAAAGGAGAGAAUUGUCAUGAGUGUAAUGACUGAAAAAGCCUUUUAUGAAAAAGCACAACUCCUACACACCAGAGAAUUCACACAGGUGAGAAACCUUAUUAAGCUAAUGACUAAUGGAAAAGCUUUUGGCCAAAAAUCAGACCUCCUUGAACACCAGACAAUUCAUGCAGGGGAGAAGCCUUAUGAAUGUAAUGAAUGUGGAAAAGCCUUUGGCAAUAAGUGAGAACUCAAUGCACCAGAGAAUUCACACAGGGAAGAAAACUUAUGAAUGUAAUGACUCAAACUUUUUAACUAUAAUUCAACCCUAAUUGCAUAUCAUCAAAUUCAUAUAGGAGAAAACCCUCUUGAAUGUAAUGUAUGUGAAAAAGCCUUUAUCUGGAAGUCAUACCUCUUAAGACAUCAGACAUUACAUGGGGAAAAACCUUAUGAAUGUAAUGAAUGUUGGAAAGCUCUUUGCCAAAAUCACACCUUAUAACAUCAGAGAAUUCACAGAAACUUUUGAAUGUAAUAAAUGUAAGAGAUCCUUUUGUCAGAAGUAAUGCCUCACAACACAUCAUGGAAUUCAAACAAAGGAAAGAGUUUAAGAAUAUACUGAACAUGGAAGAGCUUUUUCCCAAAAGCAAUGUAAUCUUGUGACAAAGCCUUUUGUUAGAAACCAUGCCCCCAUACAAUUGGGACUCAUGUAAGGGAGAAAGCUAAUGAAUGUUAUUAGUGUGAAAAAAGCCAUUCAUCAGAAAUCAAUUGUUAUAAUCAAAGAAUUCACACAGGGGGUUUCUUACAAGUGUAAUGAGUGUAGAAAAGUAUUUUCCUGGGAUUCAUGCUUACAUUGGUACAGAAUUCAUAAAAGAGGAACCUUCAAAUGCAGUAAAUAUGAGAAAACCUUCAGCCAGAAAUUAGAUAUCAAUAGAUAGCAAAGAAUCCAUAAAGAAAAAAAAAUAUAAGGAAUGCUUUAAAAUAUCAGUCUUCAGUUCACAAGAAGUGACUCAGAAAUGAGAUUACCAUAAGUCAUCUCUCAAUAGUUAACUGAGAGCUCAGCAAAAGGAAAAUCCUUUGACUGUAAUGCAAUUGGAAAAACCUUAACUGUAAGGCAAGCUUCUGCAAAAUUUAGCAAGAUUACAGGGAGAAGUCUCUGAAAAUGUCAUGUGUCUAGAAGAAUUCUUAGAUACAACCACACCUCAUCAAGUGUUAGGCAAUUCACAUGAUGAAUUGUGACUGAGAUGGGCUAACCAUGCUUCCAUGUGUAAAUUUUGCUAACAAAUAUUCAACAGUUGCAACAGUUGAUUCAACAGUUAUUGUAAGAGUUACUUGGAAUAUCUUUACCAAUUGCAAAGUUAUUGUUGUAUAGCAGUGUUAUUGCCUGCCUAGGAUUCUUUCUCCACAUCAUUGUAGUAUUGUAGUACAAAUAAGUGAUAUGACCAUAGGCAUAUGAACUGACACAUGUUCCAGCCAUAAUUCUGUACUCCAGCCCUGGGUGAUGAGUGUUUCAUCCAGUAUAGGGAAUGAGCAUGUGGUCACCUGUAUACUCAUGUGAACUUCCAAGUUAUAUGUGUGCAUUUCUGGAUUAGACUAUACUACCUGUGGUCUGUUUGUAUAUUCAAGUAGAAGUUUUUGCACACAUCACCCUCAUUCUAUAAUGGGAGUAUCUCAAAUCCUAUAAAUUGCAAGACUUUAUCUCCUAAAUUUUCCUGUAUUACUGAGUGUGCAAUCCAUUUUGAAAUAUUUCAUUUAUGAUCCCCUAUUUUAUUCUUUUCUUCCUUUAAUUUCUUGCCCAGAGACAAGGAUUUGAGUUGUAUUACUCCCUACUGCUAAAAGUGACCCUCAGUUUUAUUGAAAAUGUGUGUUUUCUUCCUUUCCCAAUUUAUACAGUCCUUUCUGGAUUUUAAUCAGAUUUACAUUCAGUUCAGACCUCAGGAUACACUUAGGAUGGACAGUCUACCCAAGUUGCAUGACUAUUCCAUGAUAGAUGGGCUACAAAUGCUAUGAUAUCAUCUAACUGUAAUGUCUCUUUUAUUUCCCAUCUGGAGGACAAUCCUGUAUAUCAUCCUUCUACCUCCAUUUCUGCCCAUUGGGCAAAGCUCAUUGUCCCUGUUCAAGUGCUUCAGCUUCUUUCAAGUCUUCAUCAAAUCAAAUCUUAGUAUAAUCAGAAAUUUAAAAGAAAGUGAAUGGUGUGGCUGUUGGCAGUUUCAGUGUGGUCAAGUAAUUUGCUGGACUGCUAUUUUGUCUGGGUUGGCUUCCAUCUUACUCAGAACUAAUUUUCCGUAAUAUUGUAUGGCUGAGGACUUUUUCUAGGCCCCCAACUAAGUUGGUGCAUUUCUUAUGGAAGGUGGGAGUAUUAUGUCCAAAUAUUUUAUAUAUGUGAUUGUGUUAAAGACCUUUGGAUUGUGUUAACUGGGGUUUUCCAUGUAGUCCUGGCUGGAAUCACAUGUGUGCUCACAAUCCAAAGGCAAAAGGAGGUUUAUACUCAAAGAAAAUGAAAAUCAAUGUGAUCAUGAAGGCAAAGAUGAAAGUGAUAUAAUCAUAAAGACAGAGGCUACCAGAAGCUGGAGUUGGCAAUGAAAAGAUUAUUCUGUAGAUACUGGCUGGAGCACAGACCUUACUCCCUGCAUUUCAGUUUGAGCCAGAGAGAGUGAUUUCACUUUUAUCCUUCAAAUAGUAACAGUAUACAGUUUCCUUUUUUUAAGUCAUUAAGCUUGGAACAUUUUUGACAGUAACAAUAGGUAACCAGAUUCUCUUGCUGCCAACCUGGAGGUGACUGGAAUUUCAUGAAACAUGAGCACAAAAUGGUGGUAGAAGUAAAAAAACUGAUCAUAUCUGGGAAACUUGACAGAAACUUGCUAGUAGGGUCAACAACAGAUGGAUCAAUUAGCUCCCUGAUCCAUAUCUAAGUAUUAAAAGAUGAAAAUUAUUUUCUUAUAAUUAUCAUUGUUGGAAUAUAAAUAAUGUGAUGUGCCUCUGGAAGCCAUUUCUUAAAUAUGGAUGGAAUAUGAUUCUUUUGGUUUAUUUGUUUUAUGUCAUUUUUGCUUUUCCAAUGUUUCUAAUCACUGAUGCCUCAAUAAAUUUCUUUCUUCUAAAGUUCAUUGUGAUAUAUUUUAUUUACAAACAAUCCUCAGGGACAGGGAGAGAACAGUUAUUGUCAGAAAUCCACUAAUUCCUUGAAUUUUUGUUUUGGAGUUCAUUUCCUACAUGAGUUAUGGGUUCUAUUGAAAGAGGUAUUGGUUAGUUUGUUGACUGAUGAUGGCAUUAUUUCUUAUGCCAAGUGAUUGCACAUUUUCUGGCUUGGAGUCUUGCUUUCCACCAGCUCUCUGGUGGUGGCCUGGAAAAACAGUAGAAGAUGGCCCUAGUCCUUGGGCCACUGUACCUGCGUGGGAGAACUGGAAGAGGCUCCUGGCUCCUGACUUUGGAUCAGCUCAGUUCUGGCCAUUGCAGUCAUUUUGGGAGUGAACCAGUGGAAUGGAACACCUCUCUCUGGCUCUUAUCUCUCUAAAUCUGUCUUUCAAAUAAAUAAAACAGUUCUUUAAGAAAAAUCACUGAAUUAAAAACGUCAACUUCCUUCCUAUAGAUUACUUUUUAGGUACUCUUACUUACCACAGAUCAGAAAUAAUAUAUGAUUUUUUUUUUUGGUGACUGGCUUAUUUCACUAAGUAUAAUGAUUUCCAGUUGCAUCCUUUUUUUUCAGACAACAGGAUAUCACUUUUUUUGAACAUGUGUAGUAUUCCUUGGUUAUAUAUACCACAUUUUCUUUAUCUAGUCUUCAACUGAUGGACAUCUGGGUUGAUCUCAUAUCUUAGCUCUUGUAGAUUGAGUUGAAUUGAACAUGGGGGUACAGAUAAAUUUUUCAUAUAAUGAUUUUUUUUUUAAUGUAACUGCACCAGUUUACAUUCCCAUCAACAAUGGAUUAGGAUAGUUAAGGAUUUUUUUCCUUCAUCCUGGCCAGAAUUUGUUGUUUGCUGAUUUCUAUAUUGGAGCUAUUAUAACUGCGGUGAGGUGAAACAUCAUUGUAGUUUGAUCUGCAUUUCUCUAAUGGCUAGUGAUCCUGAACAUUAUUUUAUGUGUUUGUUGCCAUUUGAAUUUCCUCUCUUGACAAAAAGGCUGUUCAAGACUUUUGUCCCCUUUUUAAUCAGAUUAUUUGUUUUCUUCUUGUUAUAUUUCUUGACAUUUUGUGUAUUCUGAUUACUAGUUUGCAAAUGUUUUCUCCCAUUCUGUCAGUUGCCUCUUCAUUUGGCUGAGUUUUUUCUUUGCAGGGCAGAAGCUGCUCCACUUGGUGUAAUCCCAUUUGUCAAUUUUGGCUUUGAUUGCUUGUGCUUUGGGG